AUGGCUGCUAGAUCCUUUGAAAGGCAGACCCUCGAGGAAACUUCAACCCCAGCGGAAUCCACAAGACCCACUCCGAAGCACGAAUUUGAGGGACAUGAGGGGCCUGUAUGGAGUUUCGUCUUCUUGCACGACAAUGCCCACAUCGUGAGUGGUUCGUGGGACGGCACGAUGCGGAAGUGGAACUGCGACACGGGACUUCUUGUCGGCGAACCAUGGAAAGGGAAAGGUGGAAGGAUAUAUUCACUGGCGCUUUCACCGGACGGGAAGACGAUUGCGUGCGGGAGGGAGGAUGGAAGUGUUCAGCGAUGGAACAUCGAAGGAGAGAUGAUGGAAGGCGUUUGGAAGGGUCAUAGCGAGGGGGUGCGGUCGCUCUCAUGGUCUCCCAGCGGAAGCCAUUUAGCCAGCGGGUCCGACGAUGGAACAAUCCUCAUUCGAAAAGUAGAAACCGGAAAAGUCAAAGUGGGUCCGAUCAAGACGAAGCAAGGCUGGGUGCUUGCACUUGCAUAUUCACCUUCAGGAGAUAGAAUUGCAUCAGGCGGGAGGAACAGAACAAUUUGCAUCCGGAACACGAAGACCGGCAAGCUUGUCGUCGGCCCCAUCGAAGUCCUGGGGAUACAGGUGAGGUCGUUGGUGUGGUCUUCGGACAGCAGCAAAAUCUAUUCCGCAUCCGACGAAUUCGCACGUGUUUUCGACAGCACCUCAGGCAAACCACUCCAUCGCUUCAAGCAUGGCAAUAACGUGUUUUCCAUCGCACUUUCACCCGAAAACAAUGUCCUGGCGUGCACAGGCAAUGAUGUUGCCCAGUUAUGGGACACAGAGUCUUAUCAGCCACUUGGUCAGCCAUUUUGUCCAUCAUUCGGUCAGCCAUUUCAUCAUCAGGACCACCAAAUCCUUUGCUGUGUGUCAUUCUCUCGAGAUGGAGCAUACCUGGCAUAUGGUGGAUGCGACAAGAAACUCACUCUAUGGAUGGUCAAAGACAUAGCUCCUGAGCUUGGACCACCCAUACUGCAACAGGAUCACAGUCGAGUUACACAGCAGGAAACUCGACCCGAACGCCCAUCAUCAUCUUGCCUUGAUGCUGAUGCUACGGGGGGUGAUGGUAUCAUCGAGGACGGGCACGACGAUCCAUACAACAACUUUUUUGAGUCUUCCGAGCCAUCUCCUCCUUCGGCAUCAUCUGGUCCCCGUCUUCACCACCUAUUCUCAGCCCGCCACUUCCGGAACAUCAUCUCUCGACAUCGCCCUCCAGCAAACGAGUCCACUCCAGAACAGUGCAACAAGCACAGCUUCUUUGCACGUCGUCUUCACCAAAACCCGCCUGUGCAUCCCACGCCCAACCAACCGAUAUCUGGAGGGAAGGCUCGAGCAGGAGAAGAUCCCGAGGAAAGCGACCAGUGUUCCGCAAAUGCUGUGCUCGACGCGAGCAAAGCAAACAAAGACGAAUAUGAUGAACCUACCACCGAUGGGCACACCCCACCACCCGAUGAUCCCACCUCCCCCGCCGAGCUCGACAGCGAAGAUAAUCGCAUCAUCUGGAAAUGGCUAACACUCGGUCGAGGGAAGAAUCAAACGUCUGCCACAAUGGCUCCAACGAGGAGAUACGAACACUCUCCCGAGGUCGUCGAUAUAUAUGCUGCGCGCGGGUUCCAGAGAUACGUUGCGAUGAAGCGAGUCCGCAAAACAAAGGCAUCGGCAGCUACGAGCGGUGCUACUGCCGCAGAACACGUCAGUACCUCAUUACAAGCGGGUCCAUCGUCGCAAGUAGUCUUUGCCACUGCAACACACGCAAGUAGCUCUUCACAGGCGGGUCCAUCGUCGCAAGUUGUCUCUGUACAGGCGGUAUCGUCAUCGCAAGGUAUAGCUGUACACGGAGCUCAACAUUCGCAAGGCACUGCAGGUUCAUCACACGCUUCCCCAUCACGCUUCGUCACUUAUCACACCGAGCAUGGCUCAGAUUCGGACUCGACCAUAGAAGGCAGCUGCAACAGAUUCCUUGACAGAAUAUGUUUCCCUCGCGGACACUACCACGAUGAUUAGGGCGGUAUCGACUGG